GACGUAAACGAGUGACGCACGGCACGUACACGCUCAAACACGACGUCUUAGCAACGCAGGGUUUUAGCGUAGCAACUGCUCCACGUGGGUCUUGUUAUGUUAGCAUUUGCACUUUAUUUGCCCGGGUAAAAACUGGAUAUUCACAGCGAUAAUUAACUUAACUGAGCUUGGAGAAGGGGUUUUAUCCGCCGAGGAGUCAACUGUACCCGGAAGUGAUGUAAAGAAAUGUAGCUAAAUUAGAGGAGCUGAGUUUGUUGUUGUGAUUUUGACAGAAGCUGCCUGACCGAGCGGCGGAUGAGGACUUGCUAAUGGAAAUGGAUGAUAAUGGCUCGGAGACCUCUCGCUGUGAAACAAGAUGGUCCCCGCAACUGUCAGGGCUCCCGCUCAAGCUCCUACAGCGCCUUAUGCCUUUCCAAUGCCAAGGAGUGGAGUUCGCCCUCUCCAGGAACGGACGGUGUUUGUUGUUGUUGUCGUCUCAGAUGGGGCUGGGUAAGACCGUGCAGGCCAUAGCAGUGGCGUACUCGUACAGACAGGAGUGGCCUCUGCUGGUGGUGGUCCCGUCCUCGCUCAAGUACCCCUGGAUCGAGGAGCUGGAGCGAUGGGUCCCAGAGCUGAAGCCCGGGGACAUCAACCUGGUGGAGAACAAGAGCCACACUAUGGGCAUCAGCAGCAGUAAGGUGACAGUUUUGGGGUAUGGGCUGUUGACGUCAGAUGCCCGGGCCUUAGUGGAGGCUCUGUCCCGACAGAAGUUUGCUGUGGUCGUAGUGGACGAGUCUCAUUACCUCAAAUCCAGAAACGCUGCCCGAACCAAGAUUCUGGUCCCACUCAUCCAGAAAGCCAAGAGGGCCAUACUGCUCACCGGGACCCCCGCUCUGGGACGACCUGAAGAGCUGUUCAUGCAGAUCGACGCUCUCUACCCAAAGAGGUUCGGCACUUGGUCUGAAUACGCCAAGAAGUUCUGCAACGCCCAUUACAGGUAUUUCGGUUCCCGGCGGCAGUGGGAUUGCCGAGGAGCUUCAAACCUGGAUGAGCUGCACAAACAGCUGAGUCAGGUUAUGAUCCGCCGACUCAAGAGGGACGUCCUAACACAACUGCCUCCUAAAAUCAGACAGAGGAUCCCCUUCGACCUGCCCAAGGACGCCGCCAAGGAGGCUGCAUCCAGUUUCGCCGAGUGGGAACGCCUGAUGAAGGGGAUGGGGUCAAAGGCCGUUACCACCGACAACUCCUUCGCCGAGGUCAUGGGGCUGGUCACGCAGAUGUACAAGCAGACCGCUGUCGCUAAGGCAGGAGCGGUAAAGGACUACAUAAAGAUGCUGCUGGAGGACGAACAUUUGAAGUUCCUGGUGUUUGCGCACCACCUGACCAUGCUCCAGGCCUGUACUGAAGCAGCCAUAGAAGCCAAGGCCGGGUAUAUUCGAAUAGAUGGAAGUGUCCCGUCUUCAGAGCGAAUUCAGCUUGUGCACAGAUUUCAAAGUGACCCGGCAACAAGAGUGGCCAUCCUCAGCAUCCAAGCAGCAGGACAGGGUUUGACCUUCACAGCGGCGAGUCACGUGGUUUUCGCGGAGCUCUACUGGAACCCGGGUCACAUGAAGCAGGCGGAGGACCGGGCGCACCGCAUCGGACAGACCUGCUCCGUCAACGUCCACUACCUCAUCGCCAAAGGCACCUUCGACGGCGUGCUCUGGGGCAUGCUCAACAGGAAGGAGACAGUGACUGGCAGCACUCUGAAUGGGAGGAAGGAGUAUUUAAACGCACGCGAAGGCGACAAGGACAAAUGGGACUUCCUGAACUUCGCCAGUGCUUGGACCCCGAGCGAGAUGGUGCUGCCCCCCGGGGGAGACUCCAAGAAUGUCAGCGAGGAUGUGUUUUUCACUCAUUUUGAGAAAAACAAACAACACGACAUCCGUACCUUCUUCUCCCCUAACACGAGCAACGAAAAGAAGAGGAAACGACUUGAAAAUGAGUCUACACCACAAUCAAAACAAACAUCUCCAACUGCUGAAGCGAAUCUGGAUUUCGAGGAGAACAUCACAACUCCAGAAGACGAUUUUUCCCCACAGCAAAAGAAGCUGAAGACUCCUCAUGCCGCUCCAAGUCCUGUUUCUCGUUUUGGGGCCAAAAGGAGGGCAACAGUCGGAGGGGGCAAUGUCAAAAGUCCGCCCGUGUCCGUCCCGACUCGGCGUAGAUUGACAGUGAGUGGAAGUUCGGGAAUAGCGUGGAAUUGUCAAACCUGUACUUACUCCAAUAGUGGACUACUGCCAUACUGCGAGAUGUGUGAAGCACCAAGGCACACAGUUACUCCAGACCUACCAUCAAAACCAGAUCCACCACCAUCAAACCAAGAAGAUCCCAUAAUCCUCUCUGACGGCGAAGGGGAGGAGCUUCCAGAAAACCACCAGAAAACCGUAGAUGGCGAAGAAGAAAAGUGCAAUGAACAACAAGACCUCCAAGACAAACAAGAUGGCCGCUCCCCUGAUCAAACACGAGAUGGAGGAAAAGACCAAGAUGAAGAAGACCCCAGCCUCCCAUUGUACCCAGGAUUGCAGUUUUGUGCCAGCCAAUAUACAGACCGAAUAUAUAUCUACACCAAGGAAGGCUCCGCGUUGGACUGCAGUUUCAUCCCUCUGGACGUCCAAGUCAACAACUGGGACGAGCUGCCCCCAGCCUUUAGCCAUCGCCACGGAAACCGAAUCCAGGUGAUGCGCUUCGUUCAAGAGUGGAGCGCACUGACGGCUAUGAAGCAAAAACUCCUCCGUCGUAGCGGGAUCCUCUUCCAUUCGCCCGGUUUGGGGUUACAGCAGCUCACUAGCAGCAAACGCCCGCACGCUAGCACCAAGAGGUACCUGGGCAGAGACGAGGUGGCACUGGCUUCUCUAGACAAGGCCCAGAAGGAGGGGGGCAGCGUACGGGUAGUCACCAGGGACAAUUUCUUCCAAAAACGCAAGUCGGCAUCGUCCCUCAGCUCACCCGAUCCAGAGAAAUGUGAAGAGGGUCCAUCUAAACCCACAGAGGACCAGCCUCGUCCUGAGCUGUCUUAUGUCCAGGCCGUAGACAGCAGUGGGGUCCCAUUGUGUCUGUCCUGUCACCAGCCCUGCUCCACCUCCGGAGGGGCCUGGGACACCCGCUUCUGCAGCCACAAGUGUCAGGAGGACUUCCAGCUGCGAUCAAGUCAGAGCUACAUGAGGUCCCGGGUGCUGGAGGUGGAGCAGGGCGUGUGUCAGCUGUGCGGGCUCCAGGCUCACCAGUUGUACCUGAGGGUCCGAGACGCCCCCCCAUCACAGAGGAAGAACCUGCUCGACAACACGUGGCUCGCUCAGCUCCCUCUCAACAAGUUGAACGAGAUGAUCCGGGCUCCGGUGGAGGGGGACUUCUGGCAGGUGGACCACAUCACACCGGUGUACAGCGGAGGAGGCCAAUGCUCCCUGGACAACCUGCAGACACUUUGUACUGUGUGCCAUCGACAGCGGACGGCCCAACAAGCCAAAGAACGCAGCCAGAUUAAGAAGACCACCGCAGCCUCCAAAAUCGCUUCAGACAUCACCAAAUUCUUCAUGAAGAAAUGAAGUUUGGACAAUACUCACAAUUAUAUAAUUAUUCACAGUGUUUGUCAGGAUGUGCUUCAGGGCCCAUUAUAGUAAUACCCAAAUAUUUUUAUGUGCUUGAAAUGAUAAUGAAAUAAAUGAAUAAUGUUUAGGGAAUGAUCAUAGUAAGAGAAUGUUCAGAUCACUGUGUAGUCCUGGUUUAGUAUUAGCCAGGACUGGAUUAAGUUCUUGUGUAGUCCUGGGUCUAAAGUACCGUAAUUCUUGGUCAAAACCAGUCCCCACAAAUGCCCAUAAUCCAUACAUCUCUGAUAAACAGUGAUCUUUUAGUCCAUGGUUUAGUCCUGUUUUGGACCACUUAAAUUUUUUUAAAUGCCUGUUUAUACCUGGUUAGUUAAAUUCUUGGUGAGUUGUAGUUUAAACCUAGUUUAGUCCUUAUUUGAUAUUGGUAUAGUCUGGUAUCAUUUGGUUUUAGUCCUGGUUUAGUCCUGGUUUAGUCCUGGUUUAGUCCUGGUUUAGUCCUGGUUUAGUCCUGGUUUAAUCCCGGUUUAAUCCUGGUUUAGUUCUGGUUUAGUCCUGGUCUAGUCCUAGUUUAGUCCUGGUUUAGUCCUAGUUUAGUCCUGGCUUCAUUUGGAUUUAGUCCAGGUUUAGUCCAGGUUUAGUCCAGAUUUAGUCCUGGUUUAGUCCCUGUUUAGUCUUGAUUUAGUCCUGAUUUAGUUCUGGUUUAGUCCUGGUGUAGACCUGGUUUAUAACCAAUUUAGGCCUGGUUUAGUCCUAGUUUAGUCCUGGUUUAGUCCCGGUUUAUUCCUGGUUUAGUCCCGGUUUAGUACCUGUCUAGUCCUGGUUUAGUCCUGGUCUAGUCCUGGUUUAGUCUCACUGUAGUCCCGGUUUAGUCCUGAUUUAGAUUCCUGGUUUAGCCCUGGUUUAGUCCUGGUGUAGACCUAGUUUAUAACUAGUUUAGUCCUGGUUUAGUCCUGAUUUAUUCCCGUUUAAUCAUGAAUUCUACGGCACUUCUUCUUGACUUUAAACUUGUGAUUUCGUCUCUUUUAAAAUGCUACUUAGAGACACAUCCAGGCAGUACUUGUCAUGAUAAGUUUUCAAACUGCCGUCUUGUAGCUCUGUUAACUCUUCCUCGCUAAAGCUAAACCGUACUCUUGGGUCACAGCGCUUGACAAAUUAAGAUAAAAUGCCUCUUUCUUUUUUAGUUCAAAUCCUCUAUAGAUCACUACUUACGCACGUUCUGAUUAAAUCCACUUUACUAGGGUCAAAUAUCCCACAUCGCUACACGGGAUGCCCCAUCUUCAUAGCGUUAGCCCCAAAACCAUUGACUCAAAUGCAAAUUCAGCUAUUGUCCCCAAACCAUCACAGCUAGCACGCUACUUUUUGAUUUAUGAUAGCCUCUGCACGCUCCAGGCUACAUCAGGUUGUUUAGAAAGAUGCUACGGCUAUUUUAAGAUUGUGCGAACAACGUGGAAAGUGAAAAUGAGGGAUGAAUAAAAGUCCCAGACACAAACUGCGUGUCCUCAGUGGCGCCCUCAACAGGUGACACUAUGUAAAUGUGUUGUGUGGAUGAUCGAUGAUCAGUGCUGUGCGAAAUAAACCUGUUUUCUUG